GGCUCCGUGUUUCUGCACCUCCUUGCCAAGUUGGAAGCUGCCAAGACCCAGGAGUCGCUUGGUGUCCCCGUGGUGGGUCCGGUUCUGCGCCGCGUGAUGGGACCGAUGUACAUCUUUGCCGCAACGCAUGUUGCGGAGAGGCCCUGGACAAACGCGAGGUCUCGGUCAGUGGCACAGGAGCUGCUGGCGUUGCUGGUUCAGGCUGCAGGCUGCGGGUCGGUGGCCGAGUUCCUUCGGGGCAAGAGUGAAGAUGAGGAAGGAAGAUUCGCAGCAGUGAUGGGGCUCCUGAAACAGGAGUUAACCAAAGACACUUGGAAACGUAACCCUGCCACAAAGCACGUGUUCUCCUGGACACUGCCUCACGUCACCCGGCCCUGGCUUAGCCAUUACCUGGAGCAUGUCCUCCCACCAGCACUGCUCAUCUCGGAUGACUACCAGGAGGAGAAUAAAAUCCUGGGUGUGCGCUGCCUGCAUCACAUCAUUCUCAACGUGCCAGCUGCUGAUCUCUGCCAGUUCAACAGGGCUCAGGUUGUGUAUCACGCCCUUUACAACCAUCUCUAUUCACGAGAGGCCCCUCUCAUCCAGGCAGUGCUGCUGUGCCUGCUGGACUUGCUGCCCAUCCUGGAGAGAGCCCAGCGGCAGCAGCAGCAGGCCCGGCCAACCGCCCACUGCGAUGAGGUGCUGCAGCUGGUUCUGACCCACAUGGAAGCAGAGCAUCGCCUCGCGCUGCGGCGGGUGUACGCUGGGACCCUGCCUGCCUUUGUGCAGAGGCUUGGCAUCCUGAUAGUGCGGCACCUGAAGAGGCUGGAGCGGGUUAUCCUGGGCUAUCUGGAAGUCUGUGAUGGCCCUGAGGAAGAAGCCCGACUGGGAAUACUGGAGACUCUGCGAUGCACCAUAGAGCACGCUUGGCCUAGAAUGCCAUGCAGACUCCCCGUGCUCCUCAAAGCGCUGCUGAAGAUGAUCUGGGACGUACACACGGACCAAGGUUCAACGCCAGAGCCAGUAAAAGCCACCUUGUUCCAAGGGGCCACCGAAUGCCUCAUCCUGCUGGACCGCUGCUCUGAAGGGCAGGUGAAGGUUCUGCUGGAAGGUGUGUACAGCAGCUGUGAGGAGAACCGCGUACGGGAGUGCCUCAGGAAAGUGCGAGAGGACGCGUGAGGCAUGGCUAAUCAACGCUCACCCCGCUUUUUGUACAAUGAAAUUGUUUUAUUUAUUUAA